AUGAACUUGAUAGUCACGAUCAAUAUCCCUGUCAUCCUACACGCCGAUGUCAGAAGCUGCGGCCGAGACCAGAACGGGCUGGCCAAGGGCGGCGGCGGCGGCGGCUACAACAGCUACGGCGGCUACGGGGGCUACGGCGCCUACGGGGGCGGCGGCGGCGGCGGCUCGUACGGCGGCAGCGACUACGGCAACGGCUUCGGCGGCUUCGGCAGCUACAGCCAGCACCAGUCCUCGUACGGGCCGAUGAAGAGCGGCGGCGGCGGCGGCAGCUGGGGCGGCCGCAGCAACAGUGGACCGUACAGAGGCGGCUACGGCGGCGGCGGCUACGGCGGAGGCUCGUUCUAG